UAAAGUGCUGUUAAACGUCUUCAUGGGGAUGAGUCGAAUAGAGUGCAUAUUUUUUAGUGAGUUCCACCCCACACUGGGACCAAAGAUUACCUACCAGGUUCCGGAGGAGUACAUAUCACGAGAGCUUUUUGACACUGUACAAGUGUACAUCAUUACCAAACCAGAACUGCAGAACAAACUCAUCACUGUAACGGCGAUGGGGAAAAAGUUAAUUGGUUGUCCGGUAUGCAUUGAGCACAAAAAGUACAGCCGCAAUGCUCUGCUCUUUAAUCUUGGCCUUGUGUGCGAUGCACGGACCAAGACCUGUGCCCUGGAGCCGAUUGUCAAGAAGCUCUCCGGAUACCUCACAACGCUGGAGCUGGAGAGUGGUUUCAUAUCUAACGAGGAGAGCAAACAAAAACUACUACCCAUCAUGUCCACGUUGUUGGAGGAGCUCAAUGCUACCGGCGCCUCCACCUUACCCAUCGACGAGUCCAACACGAUCAACCUGAAGCUAAUAGAGCAGCGCAGGGACCCUCUGAUCGUUCAGGAGUAUGACGUCCCAGUGUUCACUCACUGCAAGGACCACUUCAUCAAAUCCCAGUGGGAUCUGACCACCCAACAGAUCCUGGCCUACAUUGAUGGGUUCCGGCACAUCCAGAAGAUAUCAGCAGAAGCGGAUGUUGAACUUAAUCUCGUCCGUAUUGCCGUGCAGAAUUUGCUUUACUAUGGUGUCGUAACCUUGGUGUCAAUAUUCCAGUACUCCAACGUGUAUUGCACAACACCCAAAGUCCAGAGCCUGAUAGAUGACACGUCCAUUCAGGAGGAAUGUCUCAGCUACGUCACCAAACAAGGACAGAAAAGGGCCUGUUUGAGGGAUGUGUUCCAGCUGUACUGCGGCCUGACUCCAGGCACAACUGUCCGUGACCUUUGCUCCCGCUACUCACAACAGCUGCAGAGGGUGGACGAGAGGAGGCUGAUCCAGUAUGGGCUGAUGAAGUCUCUGAUUCGCCGACUCCAGAAGUAUCCUGUUAAAGUUCUCAGAGACGAGAGGAGCCGCCCGCCACGCCUUUACACGGGUUGCCACAGUUACGAUGAAAUCUGCUGCAAGACUGGAAUGAGCUACAAAGAGCUAGAUGAGCGUUUGGAGAAUGACCCUAACAUAAUUGUGUGCUGGAAGUGAAACACUGGCUUACAGCAACUGCACUACAACUGACUUUAUGCAGAUGGAGCAAGCAAACCUUGACAGACUGACAAAAACAAGGUCCCAUUGUACUGAAACCGAGGCUUCCUGCUGUAUUCUCUCUAAAGCACUAAACUGUCUGCUGCCUAGGAUUGACAAAAACUGGUGCCAACUCAGCCGAAGAUUCUAUAAACUCACUCCCAAUAUUGCUGUGAUUAUGUGUGGCCUUAAUGUGAAGGGUUCUGGAAAUGAUCAGUGGAUUCUGUGGAGAGAUGUAUGAAACCAAUCUGUUUUCUUCUAUCCGGCUCUUUAAUUCAGAACAAGGAAUGUGAGAAUUCUGGGGGUGAAAAAGCAUGUAUGUAUGCAUUUAUUUACUGAUUGCUGCUGUUUUAUCUUGCUCACCUCACCUAGGUUGAAUAGUAUUGGGCUAUUGCAGAAACUGUUUGUGUACCAACACUUUGCACUAAUAAAGCUGCAGUUGUUGAUUUCAGUGA